AUGUCCCUAUUCCUACUGGCGUAUAUCGUCUGUCCGACGCGGCGGCAUUGCCACAACCACAACCGUGGCAAGAACAAUCACCACUGUCGCCACAGCGGCUACAUGUGGAACGUUAACAUGGGCUACCAGCACCAUGAUAGCAAGCAGUGUCCAACGCACUACCGCCCUUCGACCAGCUGUGCCAUUUCACCAGGAACAUUCAAACGGUCCUCCGAGAAAAAUAAUGGGACUACGUGGUCCUCACAUCAACACCAACCAUAUAACCGAUGUCCGGGGCGCAGUAUCGCUGGGUCGUCGUUUGCACCUGUUCGGCAAGGUGCCACCUGUGCAUCAGCGGUGCAGCGUAGUGCAACUACUACGGCGGCGGUGCAGCGUAGUGCAACUACUACGGCGGCGGUGCAGCGUAGUGCAACCGCUACAUCGGCGGUGCAACGGAGUGCCACCGUUGCAUCGGCAGUGAAGCGUAGUGCUACCUCUACAGCGGCGGUGCAGCGGAGUGCCACCGUUGCAUCGGCAGUGAAGCGUAGUGCUACCUCUACAGCGGCGGUGCAGCGUAGUGCUACAGCUACAGCGGCGGUGCAGCGGAGUGCCACUGUUGCAUCGGCAGUGCAGCGAAAUGCCAUCGUUGCAUCGCCAAUCCGGCGGGAAUCAGCGGUCGCUUCGCCAGUCCGCUACGAUAACCAGCCAGUUCCUGCUGUAUCACCUGUCCCAUCCACCAGCAAGAACCGAUCGGGGUAA